UUGUUUACAAGCCGUGUUGGGUAGACCGGUUGUCAAAAUUCUUAGUUGAUUUCUUCAUAUUGAACAUUAAUUUUAGAUCUGUUACUAUCAAAGUGUACCUUAAAUAUAUAAAUGUUUGUUGGAAAAUUUAAGUUGUGAUUUUUAUUAACUUGGUGUUGUUCAAAUCAAGAUGUUGACGACAAAUCGACAAAGGGUUAUUCAAGUGUAUGAUUGUGUCAAAACAUUUCAUAAUCUUGAGAUACUGCCACCUGAUUUGCCAAAUCCACAACAUGUCAACCUAUUACCAACAUUAAGACCUUAUCAGGUAAAAGCAGUGAAAUGGAUGCUCUCUAAAGAGUUGUAUCCUUCCUACUAUGAGAAAACCGAAGAGAGUUCUUCAUCAGAUAACCUCGAAUCAGCUGUGUUGUUACCAAAAGGAGGAAUUUUGGCAGAUGAAAUGGGUCUUGGAAAAACUGUGGAAGUCCUGGCCUGCAUUCUUUCAAAUCCUAGAAUUGUGGAUGAAAAAAAGGAUUCCUGUAAAAUUGAACCUGAAGAAUUUAAAAAUGAGACUAAAGAGUCAAAAGAACACCUUCAAAAAAAUAAAACGGAAACUAUUGUUAACUCUGGAGAAGAAUUCGAUCCCACUGAAGAUGGAUUUGUUGAAAUUAAAAUCAGUAACGACAAUUCAGAAGACUUGAAGAAUGGCGUAGGAGAUCUUAAGGAUAGCGGUUGUGUUGUAAAUGAUAUCCUCCCACAUUCUCCAAAUGAGGUAACAGAAAUCCAGACAGAAACUGUGCAAGUGGCAAAGGUUAAAAGGAAAAGAAGAAAAAAGGUAAGGUUCGAUGAGGAUGAUGAUUUUGUACCUGAUAACUUUGAUAUUGAAUUAGAAGAAGAAAAUAUGGCGGGUGGCAAAAGUAAAAGGAAAAGAGCCAAAUCUGAUAGUUUUAGUGAUACCGGUGGGAAGAAGAUGAAGAUAGAAAGUACAAAACGAGGGAGGAAAUCAUAUCCAGAUUCAAAUAAAGACUCUAAACAGAUUAAACCUAAACGAGCGUCUGCCCUAAAGGCUGGAGAAACUUUUACUCUGCUGAAAUCGUGGUAUGAUAAUUGCCUGUCAGAGACCAGCAUGAAGACGCAGCGGAGAAAACAGUUUCAUCGCUCAUCAUCGUUCCAGUGCUGCUGUGUGAAGGAUAUAGAGUCCGACAACAUCGUCGAGUGCCCGAACUGCAACACCUGGCAGCACGCAGAGUGUGUCGGUUACGAUGAAACACUGGCUGAUUAUCAGUAUUAUUGUUUCCAAUGUUGGCAACACCUGCCAACUGUUCUAUCAUCAGGAACCGUCAUCAUCUCUCCAGAGGCAAUAUCCCAGCAGUGGGUCAGCGAGAUUGAAAAGCACGUGAAGAAAAACAACUUGAGGGUUCUAGUCUAUGAAGGUGUACGAGUCAACGGAUACAUUCAACCCCACGACUUGGCUAGCUAUGACAUUGUAAUCACCACAUACCAGGUGUUGACGAGGGAGCUGAACUACACGGAGCCGGUGAAGCGAAACCUGCGUCAUGCCAAGCGGUUCUUUGCGCCAACGUCACCGCUACUGUUUGUGCACUGGUGGCGGCUCUGCCUGGACGAGGCACAGAUGGUGGAGGGAUCAAGUUGUCGGGCGGCAGAGAUGGCCAAGAAGUUCACUGCGGAAAACAAGUGGGCGGUCACAGGCACCCCUAUACAGAAGGCUGUGAACGACCUAGUCGGGCUGAUGGAGUUCCUGGCAGGGAACGAGUACAAAGAGUUCUUAGAACUCAUGGGUCGUGAUUGGCGCUCUCUGCUGAAGCUGGUGCCCAGAGUGCUAUGGCGCACGCAGAUGAAGGACGUGUUGGCUGAGACCGGUGUACCCCCACAGACAGUGGACACACACCUCCUAGAAUUCUCAGAAGUGGAGAAAUACUUCUACCAGUGCACUCAUACCGAGUGCUCCCAACAGUUUGUCAACCGGAUAAACAGGUUUGUGGACCUUAAUGUCACCCUGAAGAGUCUAGAUCGAAAACAGAUCUCCAAUUUGUUGAAUCCUCUACUGAAACUUCGCCAAGCGUGUUUGCACCCCCAGGCUGUGCGUGGAAAGUUCGUCUCAAUUAAGAAGACGAUGAGGAUGGAGGAUCUUCUGAGGCAGAUGGUGACUGGGGCAAGGUUGGAUGCUGAGCAGGCUUUACGUCAGCUGGUGGCGGCUCUCAACGGGACUGGCGCACUUCACGUCAUACGCCAGGAGUGGUCCGAGGCGGCAGCCGCGUACCGGGCAGUCUUACAUCUGGAGCACGAGCUCACCGGGCGCUUGAAAAUAGAUUCUCUUCAGAGAAUUCACACGAUGCACAACUUGGCGGAAGUGUUAGACGGAGGCUAUGACGGUGUCCCACCCACACUGCGAGACGACACCAUGAGAGACGACAUCAAGGCCUUAGAACUGAGAUAUCUCGGCAAGCGAGAGGCACCGAUGGCGGGAACUCAAGAACGAAUAGAACUUCAUGAGAAAGCCAUAACAGAACAAUUGGAAGGAGCUACGCUGGGAUACUCGGAGUGGUGGCUUCGGACACUGGAAUGGUCCUCGGAUAGAGAGGAGCUUUUGGAUAGAGUCAAGUCCGCCAUACAGCUUACUGACGCACAGCAGAAGAACCAAUACAACAAUCUGGCCAACAAGCUGAAGUCACUGUAUGUAGUAAGAGUGGAGGUUGCUAAGUGGUUGGCAGAGCUGGACAAAACGAGAGAAGAGGUGCGCAAGUGGGUCCAACUGCUGAGGGGUUCCGACAAGGAUGUAAUGGCAGCUGAAGCGCUGGUGUGUCACUUGCCGCAGGGUGCUCCUGCCAGAGGCAAAACGAGAUGUCAGCUGUGUAAGGCGGAGAACGCGUUGAAAAGCUACGAGGCUUUACUUUUUGAGGAGAAGAGCAAAGAAAAGCGGAAGAACAAGAAAAGAAAUUUGCCUGGCAGCAGUGACUGGACAGAUGACAAGGACAUGGACAACAAGGAGGUGGCUGACUUGGUGGGAGUCAAUGUUAAUACCUUCGAGACCUCCAGAAAGGGAGGUUUCAAGGCGUCACCCUUUGAGAAAAUACUUAAAGCAUUGGCUGCCUACGGGAGGCAGAGACAGGUGCCACCCCAGUGGACCAAGGAGGCCGGCCAACACCUGGCCAUCCUAGAGAGGGUAAAGAAGGAGUUCCUUGACCUGAACCUGAUGUGGCGACAGAUUUUUGACUUGGUGGACGCCAAGGACGAGUUGAACAUGUGCAAGAUGCGGCUACGACUGCCUUGUCCUGGUGAGGAGGAAGAGGAGGCGGAAAAAAAGAAAAAGAAGAUGGGUGAGAACCAUCACAUCAUAGCUUUGUACAGGGUUGAACCAGAACUGUUGAAGCUGAGUGGGGAGAAGGUCCAGUUUGAGGCUCUGCUCAAGAAGAAGAUAGGGACUCUAUGUUACUUGGAGAAUCUGCAGAAGGAGGGGGCCCCAGCAGCGAUCUGUCCUAUCUGCCGGAACGAUCUCACAGCAAAGUGGUCCGUGCUGCAAUGCGGCCACAGCAUCUGUUUAGAGUGCCUGUCACUGAUUCUGAAGCCACAAUCGGUGAGCUUGCUGUGUCCCCAGUGUCGCCAACCUUGCAAUAUACAGGAGGUGUCAUACGUGGAGAACCGGCCAGAGAGCAGCAAACCGCAGGAAGUAAAAGGCUCCUACUCUACUAAAGUUGAUGCUGUCGUCAGCCAAACACUGCGGCUCAUCAGCCAACAGCGUGACGUGAAGAUACUUGUGUUCUCUGCGUGGGAGAAGGUCUUGGAUUUGUUGGCGGAGGCAUUCGAAGAAAACAGUGUUACCUUCAGGCGGAUGAAAUCCGGAAAACUCAAACAACGGCAGUUUAUGAAGGAAUUCAAGACAGGAGACGUGACUGUGCUGCUGCUGCCUCUGCGCUCUGGUGCGAAAGGUUUGAACCUUGUGGAGGCCACCCAUGUGUUCUUGGUAGAGCCCAUCUUGAACCCUGCUGAGGAGUUGCAGGCUGUGGGCCGGGUCCACCGGAUAGGGCAGACUAAACCGACGGUGGUCCACCGAUUCAUCGUGCGGGAGACUAUCGAGGAGCGGAUAUUGGCGGCGGUGGCAGCGAGUGGGGCGGAGCAGUGGAGUGACGACUGCGUCACACUGCAGCAGCUGCUAGACCUGUUCACCAGUGACCUAGAACUGUCACUGCCUGGGCCUUCGGUGGUGGCGGUGGACAGUGAUGACAGUGGCAGUGGCAGUGAGAGCGAUGGAGAGCAGGACACGAUGGACGGCAGUGAACUGAUCGGUGAGGAAGAGGCGGACAGUGGGGAUGAGCUGUGAGCCGUACACUGAGUUUAUUCCGUGUAAAAUAUAGUUGUAUUCAUUUUUAUUUUUCUAUUCAUAGUAAUAGCAAAUAUGUAUGAGUAUUACAUAUUAUAUGUUUUAGAUAAUAGUAUUUUUUUUAACAUCAUAAAAAUGUAAAACAUG